CCAAUCGCGUGGCUUGUUAUUUCUACCAAUCACACGCACGCUUUCCCGACCGUAUGUCGGCCAUCAUGGAAAUCGUCAUUUCGCUGUCGUUCGUCGUGUGCUACAGUUCGUCUCUUUGUUAGUGCAUUUACCCAGCGAUUAUAUUGAAAAGAACGGUGCUGCAAUAUGGCUCGUACCAAGCAGACAGCGCGUAAAUCAACAGGAGGAAAAGCUCCUCGUAAACAGUUGGCGACCAAAGCGGCGCGUAAAUCCGCACCGUCAACUGGAGGCGUCAAGAAACCCCAUCGUUAUCGUCCGGGUACUGUCGCUCUGCGUGAGAUCCGUCGUUACCAGAAAUCCACUGAGUUACUCAUCCGUAAACUGCCCUUCCAACGUCUUGUCAGAGAGAUCGCCCAGGACUUCAAGACUGAUCUUCGCUUCCAGUCAGCUGCUAUUGGCGCACUUCAGGAAGCCAGUGAGGCUUACCUGGUGGGCUUGUUCGAAGACACGAACUUGUGCGCCAUUCACGCCAAGCGUGUCACUAUCAUGCCGAAGGACAUCCAAUUGGCCAGGCGCAUCCGAGGAGAACGCGCUUAAGGCGUCUCGACGGUUCUCGUCCAUCGCGUAUCUUUACAUUUGAAUACUUAUCAUAACUUCAUAGGAAAACAAGCAAACCUUGCCCUCAAAUUCAUCAUAGCAUUUUGUGUCCCAUCAUCUACACGUUCACACUUGUUCUCAUUACUUUCGUGGAAAAUUCGUGUCUAUAAUCUACAUGAUAACACAGUAAACUUGUAACUUUGGUAAUAGUUUUUUUGAUACAUGUAAUCGUACAUACUUCUAUAAUAAUCCGACGGCGUGGUGUUGAUUCCAAUUGCGGGAGCAGCACGUAGAAAUCAUGCAAAUUGCUAGAGUACAUGUGAAGGCAUACGCCCGAAACAUUUCGAGAGGGUUUGAGAUUCGUAGAAAAUAGGGUAGAUCUUAUAUUUGUCACGCAUCUAGCAUAAAAUUUAUUUCAAUUUAGUGUACUUGCGAGGGCGUCGUCGCACACCUCGAACAUGUAAUUAUUAUUAACAUUUCUUAAUUAGCACUUAAGUUGUAUUAUUUAGCACUUCAAAAAACACGACAACCACGUACGCCCUACACUAGAUUUAAAUUGCGUCGCUUGCCAAGUGUGGCGGCCGUUGUUCAAACGCGUACUUGGAUAUACAUUAUUCUGUAUUUUGUUCUUUGAGUGUCAAUAUGGUAUGAUAAAUUCUGAAAUGCGAUUUCAGUGAAUAUGUUCAGUUUGGUUCAGAAAUCAUUUCGGUGUUAUUUUGUAAAUGUAUUCAUUAUUACAUAAAAAAAAAUUAACGACUAAGUUUGUCAUCUCAUCGUCAUACUAAUGUUUUUUGUAAUUCAUCAUCAUCUUAAAAUACAGUGAUUCAAAGAA